AUGGAAUUGAUCUUGAAAAAGCAUCACGGAUGGCUCAUCGGUAGCCUAACCAUCAUUGUAAGUGGUGUCACGUUGAUCAAGAUAGUAGAGGCAUGGAGAAAUAGAAGUAGAACUGUGGAAGAGCGCCGCGCCAGCCAACUUGAAGCUAUCAAUCUACAGGAUUUGCAAGUACUCCUUGGAUCAAAUAAUUAUCUUCUAAGGCGGAGUGUACAAAGUGUUGUUAUUGACAUUGCUAGUCAACGACAAUAUCUAUCGUAUUUUAUCGAUCAAACUUCGUGUGACGAUAUCAAAGAAGCUCUACAUGCGGUUAUGGCCUUAAAUUUGAUUAGCAAAUCUGCGGUUCAUAAAAAAUAUUUGUAUGAUCUCAAUGGUUUACAAGCAAUUUGCUGUUGUUUAAUGAAAUGGCAAGGAUACCAAGUUAGAAACGAUGACGUAGAAUUAAUUAUUCAAAAAGAGAGGAUUCUAAAAAUACUAUGUUCCACUUUGGUAGAGUUAAUUUGUGAUCCCGCAGAAGUUGUCAAGCUUGACUCAGUGGGCUUAGGCGCUAUCUCUGUUAUAAGUAAAGUAAUUAUGAAUAAUCGGGAAAGGCCGGUAACUGUCAAAAUAUGUUUACAUAUGUUGGCUCUACUUUCUCAUGUGAAAAGUAAAGAUAACAUAUCAGCAUUAACGGAAAUUGGCCAGCACAAAGUCUACUAUACGGCUAUUAUGUAUUUUACUGCAGAUGAUGAGGAAGCUCGCUACUGGGCUGCCACGUUAAUUCAUGAAUUUGUUUGCAAUGAUAUUUAUAGAAAGGAAAUUUCUUGUAUUCCUACGCUAAUGAAAUCUUGUCGUCACGCAUUGUCAAAAAGUGAUUCUGGUAUUCAAAAAAUCAUUUUAAAAAUUUGCAGUUUCUUGGUUAUGAAGGACGAUCAAUUUUAUAAGAAGAUUUUGGAAUGUAAAGGCUUCCUAAACAGACUACCAAUAUGCUUGGCCUCUAGUGACUAUGAAGUUGCGCACUGGACGCUGGCUCUUGUCCAUGAUCUUGCUAUGAUUGGUAAGGAAGUAUCGGCUUAUAUUUUAAAUGCAAUGGAUGGCUUUAUUACCUGUUUUACGGAAUCAUUAAUGAAUCGCGAAGAUAGAACAAUUAUUCAUUUAAUUGCUGAGACGCUCGGAUUUUUCUGUUCUUGUGAAAAUUUUCAUACAAAAAUACUUAAAGAAAAUGGUAUAGUUCCAAUUCUGCGUUUAUUGAAUAAUUCUGAUUCCGGUGUUCGACUCUGGGCUGUCACUAUGUUGUUAAAUUUAUCCAUGUCGAAUGAUCAAUGUAGGUUAGGUAUUGUCAAAGAAGGUGGCGUAAAAUGUCUCGUCAAUCUGGCUCUAUCAGAUUCUGAACAAUCUCAAACGUCUUCUUUAGCUGCUAAAACGUUGGUCAUGCUAUCGUUGCUAGAAUUGGAUCCAUUCAUGAUGUCGGUAAUCUCCAGACAUACUUUUGAACCUAGCCUCCUAAAAUUAUCGCAAGAAAUCAAAGAAUAUGUAGAUGCAAUUGAUCAUGAUUCUAUAGUUGUUUUAUGCGCUAGAGGCGUAAGCGUCAACGACAUUACUGCAAAAUGUUGGUCAUCGUUAUCGAAAUUGGGAUUAUUACAAGGGAGUCUGUCCAAUCACGAUAGUAUGGUAGCUUAUGUUGGAGCCAAAGAAACUUGUGAAGGCCUCCUUGUUAAUCGUAUUAUCCAACGGGAAAUUUUAACACCCCUUAUUAGUUUGCUACUAUGUCACCCUGCUAGAGAUUCAGUCAGCAAAGUAACUGAAUUAGAAUUGCUACAUAUUCUAGCACGACAAAAAGAUAAUCGGCAGCUUAUGAUACUCUAUGACGGAUUCUUGGAUUAUCUUUCAGAAUUAAUCUGGCACUUCUGUCAUAUUCAAGCGGAAUCGUUACAUUUGUACCCAAUGGUCAUUUAUCAUUGUGACGGUGCUAUUAAGAUUUUAGCGACACUUUCAGCACAUAAUGAAUGUUGUCAUCAAAUGUGUUAUUGUGGAAUAGUUGAUGCGUUGGCCUCUUUAAUUCUUCGAAUUAAUAAACAUCGCAUUCAAUUACUUGAUAAACAACUAGAUAAAGGGGAUGACAAUUAUUGGGGUAAUGAUUCCUCUACUAGUCGCGUAGCAUUUUUUUCGCAAGCAGAGGACAUCUUAAGUAACAGCAAACCUACUCGUGGAUCGCCUCGUAAAUCGAAAGCUACGUUGCAACUGGCUUCACCGCUUAAACGAUUUUGUAGCACAUCAUCUGAUUUGGAUACUUCCUUCAAUAACAGUUUUAGCCUUCAAGCUAGCCAAAUAUCGAAUUCUUUGGACGCAUACAUUGCUCAAUCGAAUGUUGAUAACCCACCAACGCCUCGAGUGGGAGAGUAUCUAUCCUACGAGGACACUUAUGCUACUCUCACAAAUCUUACCACUUACUGCUUUGCCCGUUUAAUUGCAUAUCCAUUGCCAGGAAAACGUGUUAGACUCUGUAAUUAUCCAGCCCUAUCUGCAUCGAGUAGGACACCAUCAUUAAUCAUUAGUCCUGAUCAUUUGGAGGCAUGCAAUGAAAGUUGGACAUUUGAAAGCGUACUUGCAGAUGUUUAUGUUUGUAAAGGAAUAUAUGAUCAUUCCAAGCAAAUUCCAGAUGGAUGGUAUUACGAGGUAAUUCUCAAAACACCCGGAAUAAUUCAAAUUGGCUGGGCAAGAAAGGAAUGCUGUAUGUUGCCAGAGAAAGGGUAUGGUGUUGGUGACGACGAGUAUUCAUAUGCUUUUGACGGCAGUCGAUGCAAGAAAUGGCAUAAUAUGAAAAAUGUACCUCUUCAAGACCAUAUGCGAUAUGGACGUGAAUGGAAAGAAGGUGAUAUCAUUAGCUGCUUACUUAGCAGUUCUGGUGAUAUAUCCUACUGGCACAAUGGAAAUAAUUUAGGGAUUGCUUUUUCUAAUAUUGAUCUGAGUCAUAAUUGGUAUCCUGGCGCAUCAUUAUCAACAGAACAACAGUGCAUAUUUAAUUUUACUGGAAAUGAAAUGCAUCCCUUUAGAUACAAAAUGCCAAGUCAAUAUGUAGCUAUUGGCUCGACACCAUCAUUUAACAAAAAGUCAUCGAAAAGAAAAAAAAAGAUUUCAAUAUCCAAUUCCGAUUCCUUUAAUGCCCUAGAGGGACGUACAAUUUAUGUUCCCGAUUUUAUGAUUUACUAUGAAGUUAGCCUUCAAAGUAUAUCGAUCGACGUUGAAAAGUACGGCUUUUGGUGGACAAAUAAUAUCAAUAAGUUUUAUUGUAAAUUAUCAUCUGAUCGGAAGCUAACCAUGCCAGAUGGCGAGGAAUUUGAUAUCACAGAAAAACAACUUAUCAUUGGUUGUGGAUUAUGCCUACCCGAUUUAUUCGGAUUUUUUACCGUAAAUGGUCAACAAUAUGGUCAAUAUUAUAAAUUAGAAAUUGAUGAUAGCAUAGAAGGUUUACCUAUCCCCUAUUUCACCAAUUUUAAUCAUCGAAUCAAUUACGGUGAAUCGGAAUUUUUAUAUCAAGCUGCCGAUAAAAGUAAAGCACGUUUAAAGCAAUGUAAAAAAUUGCAAGAAUUGGCUAUUUUACAGAGUGCAGCAAAUGGUAGAGGAAAUCCAGCGGAUUUCCUCGAUGAUUAUUUAAAUUAA